AUGCGAUUCACAGCUGCAACUAUCCUUACAGCCGUCUUCCUCGCAAGUUCUGGCGCUCUCGCAUUCUUCGACGACGAAUCAUACGAGGUCCGGGACAUCAACGAUGUCGACCUCUUCGAACGAGACUUCGACUACGAAUUGGAGACCCGCGAGCCUCGCCGCCGCCGGGGAGGCGGACGACGCCACAGCAAGGGACGGUUCAACGCUAUCGCUGGUGCUCUAGGUGAUGCUGCCGGUCAAAUCGGAGGUGCUGCUGUCCAGGGCGCCAUGGCCCAGCGUGAUUUCCUGGAUGAAUUCGAUCUCGUCGAGCGUGACUUCGAUGACUUUGAGCUCGAAGCUCGCGAGCCCCGCCGCCGCCGCGGUGGAAGGAGACGCGGCAGCAGCGGACGAUUCGACUCUGCUGUUGGAGCCCUCGGCAACGCUGUUGGCCAGAUUGGUGGCGCUGCUGUCGAAGGUGCCAUGGCCCAACGUGAUUUCUUCGAUGAACUCGAUCUUGUCGAGCGUGAUUUCGACGACUUCGACCUUGAGGCUCGAUUCAGAGGUGGCCGUGGAGGUCGCGGCGGUCGUCGUCGGGGUGGGCGUCGUGGUGGAUUCCGUGGUGGACGUGGAAGGAGAGGUGGACGGGGAGGAUUCGGCGGAGGCCCUGGCGCUGCUGCUGCCCAGGCUGCUGGUGGCGCUGGAGGUGGUGAAGCCCCAGCUGAGCGCUCCUUCACUGACUACGACGACUUGUUCGAGCGAGACUUCGAUGAUUUCGAUUUCGAAGCCCGUGAGCCCCGUCGCCGCCGCGGUGGUGGACGACGUGCCAGCAAGGGACGUUUCAACGCAGUUGCUGGUGCCCUCGGCGACGCUGCCGGACAAAUCGGUGGUGCUGCAGUUCAAGGCGCUAUGGCCCAGCGUGACUUCGAGGACGAACUCGAAGCCCGUAGGUUUGGCAAGAUCUUCCGUGGAAUCCGUAAUCGCUUCCGCGGAGGAGGAAGUGCUGCAGUCGAUGCCGCUGCUCAAGCCGCCAGUGCAAACCAAGCCCGCGAAUUCGACGAGUUCGAGCUUAAAGCUCGUGAGCCCAGGAGGGGAGGAUUUGGUCGCCGUGGAGGACGCCGCCGCCGUGGUCGUGGCCGUGGCCGAGGACGCAGAGGUGGCUUUGGUGGUGCUGGUGCUGGCGCUGCUGGCGAGGCUGGUGGUGCAGCCGCUGGUGCCGCAAGCGCUGAGGCUGCCGCUGCACCGGCCGCGCGAUCCCUCGACGAAGUCGAGGUUGAGGCUCGUGAGCUCGCUGUUUCGAGCCCAAUCGAGGUUAGCGCCUAAAUUUCUCGCUAUUUACCAUCCACCAUCCACUCUACACCAUUGGUAUUUUUAAAUUAUUUUGUAGUUUUCACAUUCUGCAUCCGCAUACACUGCCUUCCAUUAUGUAUCCUGAUCAUCUCAGCGCGGGGUCGUCAUCGAAUGUGAUGAAAUAAUACUCACUGUGCUAUCUUCGCUAGUAGCUCUAUGCGGAGGGUCAAUGGUAGUAGAUAGGCAGAACUUAAACUUGAUUCCUGCGCGGAACGAUUCCGCUUUCU